AACGUUUUCAGAUCAAGAAACGUCGGAAUCUUCUGCUGUCUUUUGCUGCUCGCUCUCAGUGGCAUUUUGUUAUAUUCAAGCUAUUUAUCAGGCGUCAUCCUCAGAGAGAAUCUGGAGUUGGCCACCGUAGCGCCACCAGGACAUUGUGUUAAUUUGGACGACACACUGGACUUUGGGGCGAGAGCAGCAGUUAAGACGAGCACAUCUUGGAACGCGCCGAUCAUCUGGGAGGGAAUGUUUGACCCCCAAUUUUUCGACCAAAAGCACAUCCAAGAAAAUUCAACCGUGGCCCUUACUGUGUUUGCUGUGGGAAGGUACCUGGAUGCGUAUCUCACGACUUUCCUCACUUCAGCAGAACAACAUUUCAUGUUGGGAUUACCGGUGACAUAUUACGUGUUUACGGAUUUACCAGACAGGGUGCCGAACAUCUCGCUUGCUCCUCAGCGACACCUCAAAGUUGUUCCGGUGGUGAAGCACAGCCGGUGGCAGGACGUCUCUAUGAUGCGAAUGAAGACGAUAUCGGACACGAUCGAGUCGGAGCUCCGUCACCACUUCAGAUACGUCUUCUGCUUUGACGUGGAUCAGGAGUUUAAGGGCAGGUUCGGCUCCGAGGCUCUGGGGGAUUCCGUGGCUUUGCUUCACGCCCACUUUUACAAAAGUCAAGAGCGUAAGUUCACUUAUGACAGAAACCCCAAAUCCAAAGCCUUCAUCGCGACCGGGGAUUUCUACUACCACGCUGCCAUCUUUGGAGGCACGUGGGCAAAUGUGAAGCAUUUGGCAGAUGCCUGCUACCUGAACAUCAUGUUGGAUAAACAGAGCAAUGUGGAGGCCCUGUGGCACGAUGAGAGUCAUCUAAAUAAAUACUUCUUGAUUCAUAAACCGAGCAGGCUGCUUUCCCCGGAGUACUGCUGGGACCUGAGCAUCGGUCACGAGCCGGACAUACGCAUCAUCCGCCUCAAAUGGGCGCCAAAACACUACGAGAAACUUCGUACCUAGUAGAAUGACAAUCAGAAGGGGGAAAGCUCUGCGAGAGAAGUGCACAAUCGUUUACUACAAGCUUUGGAUUGGCACUUAGCUCGACAAAGUCAGUCAGUGGAAUAACACUUCUUUCUAACUUUUUACCACAGGUAAAUCUAUGAAGUCUUUGCCUGCCUUUGACCUUUUGUAUAAGCAUGUUCUAGAAGAGUUUUUGUCACUGUACAUAACUACACUCCAAUAUUAUGCAUGUAUUCAUAUUUUUCUUGAAAUAUUUUUUGCAACCAGGUUAGAGAUAAAUCCAAGUGCAGCCAAAAGCCUGGGUGUAAAGUCAAUGAAGUGACACACAAAUAUACCUCUGUUUGAGUUUUACAAAACUGAUGUGUUGAACCAAAAAAAUACUGUAAGUAUUUUUUUUUAUUUGUAUAUUUUGCCAACUGUAUUUAUCAAGAGAACUGCUGAGUACAUCCAAGAUAAACUUAAAAUCUCCAAUUUAUUU